AUGCAGACAAACGAAGGAUCUCAUCAAAACCAAGCUUGGUUCUCUGAUAUCAUGAAGGAGACAUUGCCCUUGUACCUUAUUGAUGAAAGCUUUGGAUCUCAGAGAAUAGUACUUCAGCAGUACAGAAGUUUGCUCGUAUUUUAUUUUUUUUAUUAUUAUAAUUAUUUUUUGCAUACUGAAAUUGUUAUCAUAAUCUUGCUGCUAGAUUGGACCUCCUUCUCAUCCAUCCACUCAGAUUUAAUGACGUCUGAUGUUAUCGCACCUUCUCCAUGGACUAUUUUUGGAUGUAACAAUGGUCUUCGGCUUUUUAAGGAGGCUAAGGAUAGUGACUUUUAUGAGAAGUAUUGGGAUGAUCACCCAGCCAUAAUGGCAGUAGGUGUUGUUGAUGCACCAUCUGAGGAUAUUUUUCAGACACUUUUUUCUCUUGGUCCAUCAAGAUCAGAAUGGGACUUCUGCUUUUCCAAAGGCAGUGUUGUUGAAUAUUUGGAUGGGCAUAAUGAUAUUAUCCACGAAGUACUAAAGUGUGAUUGGUUGCCUUGGGGAAUGAAAAAAAGGGACCUGCUAUUAAGGCGUUAUUGGAGGAGGGAAGAAGACGGAACUUAUGUUAUUUUAUACCACUCUGUGUUCCACCAAAAAUGUCCGCCGCAAAGAGGCUAUAUUAGAGCCUGCCUUAAAAGUGGAGGAUAUGUAAUAUCCCCAAUAAAUCGAGGAAAGCAAUCUGUUGUUAAGCACAUGCUUGCAAUUGAUUGGAAGUUUUGGAAGUCUUAUCUAUUUAGCUCUUCGGCGAAAAGCAUUACAAUUCGGAUGCUUGGAAGAAUUGCAGCUUUGAGGGAAUUGUUUCGAGCGAAAACUGGAAACCACCAAUGCUCUGAUUUCUCAUCAGGCGAACUAACUAGGAUUGCAACCAUGCCGCAUGCUGUACAAGAAGAAAUUAAGGUAGAAGUGCUGUCUGGAGGUGGAAAUUGCAACAAUGGAGGGAUCUCUGGAGAGACUAUUCAAUCUCCUUCAACUCCAACCGUGAGUGGAUCAGUCAUUCAACUAAAUGACGCUGCAGAUGAAUUCUUUGAUGUUCUGGAUGAAUCAGAGUAUGAUCAGCCGGAAGCCACGUGGUUAUCUGAGGAACAACGCCAGCCUAAGUUGUCAACAGCGGCAGGCUUUGUAAAAAGGUUGCAUGAUCUUGCAGUUCAAAAGAAAGGCUAUAUUGAUUUACAAGACGCCUUAAUAGGAGAUACAAUACCAUGCUGUUAUGGGACUACUCUCAAGAAGGAUGCUACCUUUACUGCCUUAUGUAGUUGGGCAGAGACGGAUCCUUCAACAUUUUUGAUUCGUAGUGAAAGCUACCUUAUUGAUCGUCAUAAGGUGAAAGCCAAUGGUUCCUUGAUGCAAAUGGUAGCUGCCGAUUGGCUAAAAUCUGAUAAGCGUGAAGAUGAUCUUGGUGGCAGACCUGGGGGCAUUGUGCAGAAAUACGCUGAUCAAGGUGGCAAUGAAUUUUUUAUCAUUGUCAACAUUCAGGUUCCAGGUUCAAUAACAUACUCUCUUGCUUUGUAUUAUAUGAUUGAUAUCCCUAUUGAAAGGGUGCCACUUCUCGAGCGCUUUGUUAAAGGGGAUGAUGCUUUUAGGCAUUCAAGGUUUAAGCUCAUCCCAUAUAUAUCAAAGGGAUCUUGGAUAGUGAAGCAAAGCGUGGGAAAAAAAGCAUGCUUGAUUGGUCAAGCAUUGGAUGUAAAUUAUUUUGGUGGUAAAAAUUACUUGGAGAUUUGCAUUGAUAUUGGUUCAUCAACAGUAGCCCGCGGCGUAGUUAGUCUUGUUCUCGGUUACCUGACCAAUCUUGUCAUAGAGAUGGCAUUCCUAAUACAAGGUAAUACUGAAGAGGAGCUGCCAGAGUUCCUGCUGGGGACCUGCCGCUUGAAUCAUCUGGAUGCUUCUAAAGCAGUUUCAAUAACCCCAUGGAAGCAUUAAAGAGGUACUUAAAGCUUAAAAAUGGCUACAGAAUGGUUUUGGAUUUCUGCAGAUUUAUACACCUCAUCCUAUUCAUUAUCAUUGUCACAUGAAAAUAUAGUUUAUAUUAGAAAUAAUGUAUAUUUAGUGCAGCUGCAGCUGCUGCACUAAACUCUGUAGAUAACCACAUUUCCAAUUAUAUCUCAAAUCAUUCUUUGAAUGAAAAAAGGUGUAUUUCAACUUUUAAAGGUUUAAAUAGUGAUGUGUUCUUAUGCGAUAUGUAAAACUUGGGUGGUAGAAAUGUAAACAAAAAAAACUAAUUUAACUGUUAGAUAUGUAAAUACAUA